CUGGAAAACCAGCAGCUGAGAGCAGUGCAUCUGCAGAGAGAGGACAAAGAUUCGCCAGCUGGAGAAAUAAACGACAUUCGCCAGCUUAAUAUCACAUUUAUUAACCGAUGGCUGCGGAGAAAUGGAAACUGACGUCUCAGGCUAUAACAGAAAGCGCUUCUUCUUUUACAGCGCUUAUCAACCACAACAGUAACAACAACAACAACAAAGACAGCGAGGCGAGCGAAGGAGCGGCAUCAACGGCUACGACAGUUCCUGUAGAGACAAGUGGGGAAGACAACAGCCCGGCGGGCGGCGGUUUCUCUGUGGCUAGUAGGGGAAACGGAAACGGCAAGUGGGUCCGACUGAACGUGGGUGGCACGGUGUUUCUCACCACACGGCAGACGCUGCUGAAGGAGCAAACCUCAUUUUUGUAUCGUCUGUGCCAGCAGCAGGACCUCCAUUCUGACACGGAUGAAACGGGUGCCUACGUAAUCGACAGAGACCCUACAUAUUUCGGUCCUAUACUCAACUACCUUCGACAUGGGAAACUGGUUUAUAACAAGGAACUGGCUGAAGAAGGUGUCUUGGAGGAGGCAGAGUUUUACAACAUUACGCCAUUAAUAAAAUUAAUUAAAGAGAGGAUCCUAGAGCGAGAUUGUAAAGCGUCUCAGGUGCCUCCAAAGCAUGUGUACAGAGUGUUGCAGUGCCAGGAGGAGGAGCUGACUCAGAUGGUGUCCACCAUGUCAGACGGCUGGAAGUUUGAGCAGGUCAGCGUGCGAGCCUGCCGAAAGCCCCGCCCUGGACUGCUCUGGACUAUGGUGAACAUUGGUUCGUCCUAUAGCUACGGCUCAGAGGACCAGGCUGAGUUCCUCUGUGUUGUGUCCAAAGAGCUGCACACAUCUGGUGGUUGUAUGGAGACCGAGCUGAGCCACAAGACUAAGACAUCAGAGACUCAGAAGGAAGAAAGAGAAAAGGAAGAGCAGGAGGAGGAGAGCGAGAGAAAUGCCAGCGCUAAUGAGUGGAUUAGAGAUUAGGAGUGUCAUUGUUCCUGUCGCAGCAAUGGUUUUUCCAGAUUCGUGGAUCCCGGAUAUAGAGUGCCCACUUCAUCUUCACUUUUGUCAAGUUUCCAGAUCCAGUUUUGGAUCACCAGAAUUACCAUUAAGAACUACUAAAUUUCCAUUCUCAGAGAGCUGGGGGGGGAGUGAUGAUGAUCCACCUUAUAACCAGUGUCAAAAAUUCAAGGCAAGAAGUUUCAAACUGUGCAUUAAGGAUGUCUAAAAGGAAAAGUGAGGUAUGAGUCAAGGUAUGGUGAGGUAUGGUACUUCGUCAAAAUUGUAGCUGCUACGCAGAAUGCGUAACGGUUGGCCAGUCUAGUCUUAUGCAAACAACACAUCAUGAGUCUUAAAUUAUGACUGUUGCUAUAAAACCUUUAGAGGGCAGCAGUUAAUAUUGUUUAUUUGAUUAUGAGCUGGAAGUCUUCCGUAGUAAGUAUUGACAGCUAGGAAGCAAGACAGCAAAUCAGCAGUUCUGGCCACUUUAGCAGUUCUGGCCUACUUUAAUAGAUACCUACAAUUACAUUGUUAAUCAGUAGAUUUGAGAUUAGGUUUAAAAACUAAGUGUAUCUUUGAAUUUUUAUUUAGAAAUUAAAUUCUUUGAAAACAAGCCUUGAUUCAGCAAAAUUAGCAAGGUCAAAAUAAGCACUUUGUGUUCAUAAGCACUAAUAAGCACUUUUUUUUGCUCAUGAAGUUGUUCACAAAGUGGUGAACCUCGCCCCCCCUUGCUUGUGAACGACAGAGCCUUUCAGGGAUGCUCCCUUUAUACCAAAUCAUGACACUCACCUGUUUCCAAUGAACCU